UGGUGGUAGUGGUGGUGCUUGUCUCACCUGACCACCCACCGAAAAGAGCCGAAGCCACGAAGAUGAAACAGCAGCAUUUGUGUGCAAAUUGCGUUACAAGAAAAGGCGGAAAGUGGGCGCGGGGCUCAGGUGAGAGAAUUCGUUCUAAUGAUGGACACGCAAGUGUUGUUGCAGCUGCUGCUGCUGUGUUUCUCCUAUUUUAUGGCUCCUUGUUCGCCAGUUUGCGGGGGGGUCGGGGUGGGUGAAGGGGGUAAAACCCGCGGGAAAUGGCCAGCGGAAAAUGGAAAAUCGUGCCUGUGUAGCUGUCUGUCAAUUAGCUCACGUUGUUCUUGUUCCCCGAAGUUGCAACCUGGAGAGCUUCCUGUUGACAAUCCAUUCUUACCAUUCUUAUCCAUUGCCUUACAAUUCUCGAAACGCUGAACAUUGAACUUCAUCGCUGGGGCAUCAGUUUUCAAUUUUCCAUUUUGCAUUUUGCAUUUUCCGUUAGCCGGAGCUUAUUACAAAUUCGAUCCAGAGCGAGUCUGGGUCAGUGUCUUAGCUGCAAUUUUUGGCCAGGUAUGCAAUUAAAGGCAAUUACCCGUCGGCUGGAGGAGCCCGCAGAACUUUAUGACAAUUUCCGCCUAGGAUCUUCGUUCUUGGAUCUUGGUCAUUUUAAUGAGGCAUAAUUAGCGUGGCGACGCUGGCCACUUCCAAGAACAGUUAUUGGCCAUUGUUCUGGGCUCUAGAAGGUGGGGAAUGUGUUGGGGAUAUGUCAGGCCCUCUGAUUAGACCGCCCCGGCCCCGCUUGGCUGCCUUUGAUUUUGGUUAUAGUUUAUAGUUCUGGCUAGCCCAUAUCCACAUCCACUACCGCCUUUGAUAAUCUUAAUAGCCGUUGUAUUUUGGCCAUAUGCAAAUUGCUCGGAAGGCGGAAGAGUUCACCAAUUGGUUAAUUGUGCGCUCAAUCGGAGCGAGUGCGUUCCGAACAUAAGUGAUGUGUAAUCACAAUGCAAAACCGCAGAGACAAUGGAACGAAACCUAAUGCGAUCGGAGAGCCAUGGAGCUGUAGUCAUGAUAUGUGGCCGCUGCCAAUGACCAUGUUCAUAGGCAUGUGGUCGAGCUUAAAGGACAAGUUUCUAACGGACUGCACGCAUGGGAACUGUGCAACCAGUUGUGGCAGUUGCAGUCGCACUUGGAGUGUUGCAGUUUGCCAUUGAACCACAUACCCAUAGAGCAAAUCUCAGAUAAAAAAAAGAAACACCUAAACUGGAAAUUCAUAAGUGGUCUGUGUGGGCCAUCCUGCCCGGCUGGCUGGAAAAAGUGAAAAUGCUUUCGAUUUCAUCGCGUCCAUUUCUUCGGGGGACAUUCAUUUGACAGCGGCCCAGGCGAUCGGAUCGGCGUGGAGACUCCAAUUAAUCGCAGCCAUGAGGAUUACACAACUAUUAUACAUCUCGGGCAUGGUUAUCGCAUCGAUCGAGGCUGUGGAAUAUCUAAUUCGCUUCGAGACGAAGAAGGCCAAGUGCUUGAAUCCGCCCAGAACGGCCAGGAAAGUGGAGUCGGUCAUAAGGGAGUGCCAAGAUGAGGUCCGCAACAAGUUGGUUAACGGUGGGCCUUCACAUUAUCCUUAGCCAUAUCAAGUACUCUACGGUUUCGGUUCCCAUAUAGAGGCCUAUGAGAUUCUCAAGGAGCAGGUGGCCCACAAUCAGCCGCCCAUCGAUCCAAACGAUGACUCCAUCGACUUCAUCUGGCCUUCUGUGCCCGCGGGCUCUACCGUGGAUCGUCGGCCCAACAUCAGCCACUACGAGUAUAUAGUCUACGAUGAGCCCGAGCCACAACGCCAUGUGGCCAGAUUGAUGAGGAAUAUCCGACGCCUGGAUGUGGCCAGUUCGGGCAUAUAUCAUCCCACUUUGGUGCCUCUGGAAGACAAACGCAUUGCGGGGUGCCUGCUGCACUGCGUCUAUGCCAAAAAUAACGCCAUCGAUCAGAAGGGCUGGCCCACCUUGGACGGCCUGGUCCACUUCUACUCCGAGGGAGUGCACGAGCACGGAUUCUUCAUGGCCACCUUGCGGUCCGUGAAUCUCUGCCUGCGGUCAAUGACCGCCCGCUACCGAGUCAAUCGGAAGGAGCUGCCCAAGAAAGGUGAAAGCUGCGAUCUGGCGUUCGAUGUCUUCGACUGUAUUUCGGACCAAAUUACCGGCUACUGUCUGGAUCAAUACAGCAGAUAUUAGUUGGUUACUCUGUCAAGUGUGCGUAGCAAUUAAAUGUUUAGUGCAAGUUGAAUUCCAGUUUUUGUGUCAGGCGGGGACCAUUGCAGUGGAAAACAAUGUAGGCGGCCUCAAACAUUGUUCGAAAUUGCUAAAGACAUGUUUUCUUUAAGUAUUAUUCGGUUUUCUUUUGGAAAUUUUUGUUAUCUUUUCCUUUUCAAAACUUUCCUUAAUCUUGAAAAUGAGAAGUAGUCAAACAGAAGACAAUCCAAUCGGGAUUUUAUUUUCAUUAACAAGCUUUUGGAACCAUUAGUUUUUAAAUGCUUUAUAUUUUAUGAAGUAGUGGCUCCUGAAGCUUGUUAAUAAAAUUGCAAUCCAAAUUUGAAUAGAUUAACGGAAGUAUUUUACGCUCUUGACAUUUUACUUACACACUUUACGCCUAUG